CAGCUGAAGAACCAAUAAGAGAGUAGAGCCAACUCAUGACAGAUCCCAUUGAGAGCACAGACAGAAUGAGGGAGAGAGGCAUACAUUGAGAGGAGAGACCCAUACAGUGGAGAGUUGAGUCUGGAUGUGCACUACAAGUGCAACACUGGACUUAAAGCAGCGCAGCUCUGGUUAGGGCUGUUUGACUCAACAGUACAGACAUUGAGAGCAUCUCUGCAUCACUUCAUUCAUGUUUCCCAUCGUUUGCUUCUUUAGUUUGGUUUGUUGUUUGCAUUGAAUGACAAAUACAACAAACAACGUAUCCUAUGGCCAAACAAAGCACUUCAUGUGAUAAUACAGUGAAUCACUACCCGAUCCGUGGCGGAGGACCCGUACUUAUCGAUGGAUCCACUGAUCUCAUUGAACUCGAGAGCGAUCAGAGUUUAGAUGAUUUGUACUUAUGUGCCAAAACUGAAAGCAACGAUAUAACGGCCGGUUCGUCGAAAAAUACAAAUAAUACACAAAUUAAGAAACAAAAGUCGCAACAAAAUAGUAACAAACUGUCAAAAGUUUCAAAUAUAAAAUAUAUUUGUCAAUCGGUUAAUAAUAAAGAAGAAAAUAUUGAAAACGAUGACGAAGACAGUGAAGAAAUGGAUGACGAAAUGGAUGACAAUAAAAGACUUAACGUUAACACUAUAUCGUGUCGACCAAUAUCUGAGACAUCAUUAGUCAGUGAAAUGACUGUUUCUACCGAUUCUUUAAGUGAUCCCAACUCUCCAAUGUGUAAGAUAUGUCACAUGAAUGCUAAAGACAACGACCCUCUCAUCAGUCCGUGUCGUUGCUCCGGAACCAUGCAAUACAUGCAUUGCGGGUGUCUUAUGCGAUGGCUGGAAAUAACGUCUAAGAAGUCACGAAAACCAUUGAGUUGUGAAUUAUGUCAAUAUCAGUAUCAGUGGCACAAAAAAUUUAAGGUGAGUCACUGGCAGUUUCCUCAUUGUUCACGCAAUGACAAGAUAUUGCAUUCACUAUUUAUGGUGUCGUUGGGUGUGAUGGCCUGUUGUGCGAUCAUUACAAUAAUGUGUUUCAAACAGGACAGGGGUCAUAGGGUUGAGACAAAUCAAGCAGAACUAACACAAUCGGAAAUCGUGACACUUAUAUGUGGAGUACUUUUCUUUUUAGCCUUUUUUAUGGCAAUGUAUGUGGAAGUCAAGGCCAGACAUACCAUCUAUAAGUUGUUUAUCAAAUUUAUUUACCUCAACCAGCAGUGGUAUAUCGAUGAAUACGACAAAAAGGACUGCCAACCCGUACACGUAUGACAUUCAAUCAUAUUAUCACUUUAAACACCGAUAAUCA